ACCAGCAUUAUCGGAGAAAAUGGGUUUCGUUCUGCAGGUGUACAUUAUUUUUACUUAUUUUAUAUCCAUCUGUUUAGCUUGGGACUACAGUGAUCCCAGUAGCUGGUCCUCUACCUACAGUAACUGUGGGGGGUCGAGUCAGUCCCCCAUCGCUCUCACGGAAUCCUCCAUGACCCCCGCCUCGUUUGAGGGGUUUUCAUUGACGGGCGAUGACGUUACCUUGACUGCAACACUUUCUAACAACGGACACUCGGCUAAGGUGACCUUUACCGAGGCUAUAACAGUGACGGGAGGGGGACUGGGAGGGACAUUUAAGGUGGCUCAGUUUCAUUUUCACUGGGGGAACGACUCCAGUAAAGGAUCGGAACACACCCUUAAUGGCGCUAACUAUCCCAUGGAGCUUCACAUUGUGACGUACAAUUCGUCCUACGCCGAUCUCAAUGCAGCACUGUCCCAAUCUGACGGUCUAGCAGUGCUGGGAUUUUUUAUACAGGUUGGUAGUUCUGAUAAUGCAAACUUUGCUCCAAUAGUUAGUGGUCUAAGCAGUGUCACAGCAAAAGAUGCGACGCAAUCAAUCACCGGUCUGAAACUAAAAGACAUCAUGACUGCCAGUAUGUCAAAGUUCUAUCGUUACAAAGGCAGUCUAACCACGCCCACCUGUGACGAAAGUGUCACGUGGACAGUAUUUGCAGACUCUUUAUCCAUGUCAGAAACACAGCUGGCUUCCUUCCGUGCCCUGUAUGAAGAUUCCGGUUCCACUAAACCAAUGGUCGACAACUUCCGCCCACCGCUUGCCAUUAACGGAAGAACCGUCAGUGUGUACGCAAACUCCGCCAGACACUUCUCUGUAGAUCACGUUCCCCUUCUAGUUUUACUGUUUCUAUUGUUUAUCUCACAAUAACCUCUGAACAUGUGCAAUCUAAAAUAACAUUAAGGGGAUCACAUUGUUUUAACUGGAUCAAUUCAGAGACAUAUAGUGCCGGGAAUGGUUGUUUGUAUAUGUAGAGAUAUUGAGGACAUUUUCAUAGACUUGGAACUUUAUUGUUAACACAUACAUUUUGAGUUUGAUACCGCGAAAAGCUUCUUUUUUUUUUUUUUUUUGAUAUUUUUUACUUUUUUAUAUUAUGAUAUCUCUAGUAUUAUAUUCUCUUUUUGAGGCCCAUUGCAUAUUAGUAUUAGAAUA